UCCGAGCUUCGACGCGCUGCGAUCGCCGAGUUCAGUAUUUUGUUGUCUGCUACAGAGCUGCUAUACUUCAGAGUCUUCGACGUUUCAUACACACACAACGUACCGUCACUGUUUUGGCACGAUCUCUCAGGCGCACACACGCAGCGUGUAUUUCGAGAAUCACGUUCGACAAAGGCUUUUCUUCGCUCUUGGAAAAUCCUCGCGAGAGGCUAACGAGGAAAAUCCGCACGCAGUUCUGGAAUCGUCGAUAAUAUCAUCGAGUCAUUAUUCGUUGGCGCUAUUCGCGGACAGCGCGAUUUCGUUGGAUAGUUUUUGCAGAGGUCUCGUCGUGCACAAAGUCCGAAAGCUUUGUCAGUUCAAGGCUGAUUUAUUAAGCGUCAUAUGCCUACCCCCGUUAAACAAAGAAAAAUGACAGCCAAUUUACUUCUUGGUGUUCGUCUGGACCUGAGUGAUAAGUUGACACUGUUGACGUUGAGCGAUGUAGAUUUAGGAGCAAAAGUCGAAAAAUUAAGGGAAGCUACUGCGACGCGAGCUGCAGUAGCCAAAGACUCUUUUGAUCUCAUUUACUGCGGCUCACUGUUGAAAAAUGAUUCUACAUUGCAAUCGUAUGGGUUGAAACAUGGAUCAAUGAUUCAUGUUAUGGCCAAAAGGCCAUUGUCUCCAGAAAAAAAAGAAGAAAAACCUUUGAGAAAUGCACAAAAUGCAUUUUCUUCUUUUGUCAAUAAUCCUUUGCUUGAGAUAGCUGUUAGAAGAAUGGCAAAAAAAACAGAAGUCGUCGAUAAAAUAAUUGCUCAAACGCCAGACCUGCAAAAGGACGCAGUCGCAAUCGCUAUUCUACAAGAUCCAGAUCUAGUCACUUAUUUCGGUGAUCCUGAAACAGCAGAAAGCCUGGCCAAAGAGCAUCCCGCCCUCGUGAAAGCGGCCGACCUCAUCGUGAAAGCGGUCAACGAGGAGGCCCAGAACUUCGCGGCCUCGUCGAGGCACCUGUCGAUGAACAGCAGCUCGGCCAGCAGCAGCCAAUGGAGCACCAUGGAGAACCUGAGCGACGACGACGAGAUGGCCGGCGACUCGUCGCAGUCGUCGGACUCGCCACAGGCGCAGCAGCCGGGCGGUCCGCGCACCUAUCCGGCCAUAAGCGCGGCCCACGUGCUGCACGCGAUCACGCGAGCCCGCAGAAGCGCCGCCGCGGCGGCCGCGAUGUCGUCCAUGACCGGAGGAGGCUCCAGCAGUGCUAGUGGCCCCACCGCCGGCCCGUCGUCGGGUCUGCAGACCAACGGCGGCGGCAUCAUCACCGCCGAGAUGUUCAACCAGGCGAUCGAGAACGCCUUCGCCUCGGUGCCGGCGCUGAGCAACGUCGGCUUGGCUGCCCCGGCAGCAGCAGCAGCAGCAGCAGCUGCGUCGUCGCUCUCGACGCCGACAUCGACGACGACACCGACGUUCGCGUCGUCCGGUUCCACUGCUGGCGCCGCUGCCACCGCUAACAACUCGUCGAACGGCGGCGACAACAGCCUCGCUUCCUCAUCCGUGUCGUCGGUCCAGAAUCUCCAGCAGCAGAUCACGCUGAUGAACGAGAUGGGUCUGCACGACGACGCCAUCAAUCUGCAGGCGCUUCAGGUCACCAACGGCGACGUACAGGCCGCCAUCGAACUCGUGCUCAACGCGCUCACGGACAACUAAUGGGAGGGAGAGAGAGAGAGAGAAACAUCCCCAACCCCCCACUGCCUCGGCAUUGUAUAAACGAGAAAAAAAACGACUAUUUUAUUUUAUACCGCUACCUUUGUAUUUUUUGUAAAAAGUAAGAGUUAAGUUAUCGCAAACAUCACAAAAAAAGCUCGAUCGUCGACUCGCCAUUGGGCUUGUCAUGCACCAAUCUGCAAUUAGAUAAGAGUGAAAAAAAAAAAAGAAA